AAGCGACCCCUAACACUUCAAAUUUGUUUUUUCAACUCUCUCUUGCUGGAGAAUGUCCCUAUCAUACACUUCUUGUUUGUCCCCUCUCUUUGUAACUAUGGGCUAUACCAGAAAAGUGAUAAAGAUUCUUUCCAUUAUUGUCUUUCAAAGUUUACUGGAACUUACAAAUAUACGGGUCAAGAAAUACAAUAAGUCUUGAGGGUAUAUGUGGGUAAGAGGAGUUAAUAAUAGUCACCCAUUAAGAAUGAUGCUCCGAAAUCUGCAAUCCAACUAUGUUUCAAUCCAAUGUUUAUUGGUGACAGUCUUUGGUACAGACCAUUAUUGCAGAGCUGACUUCCCUCCUGGCUUUGUUUUUGGUGCUGGAACUUCUGCCUAUCAAGUUGAAGGGGCAGCAUUUGAAGAUGGAAGGACACCUAGCAUUUGGGACACUUUUGCUCAUGCUGGUUUUUCCGGUGGAGCCAAUGGAGACAUAGCAUGUGAUCUGUACCACAAAUACAAGGAAGAUGUCCAACUCAUGGUUGACACAGGCUUAGAAGCCUACAGGUUCUCUAUUUCAUGGUCUAGACUUAUACCUGGUGGAAGAGGACCUGUAAAUCCAAAGGGUUUACAAUUUUACAACAAUUACAUUGAUGAACUUAUCAGCCACGGUAUUCAACCACAUGUUACACUAUUUCACAGUGAUCUACCACAGUUACUUGAAGAUGAAUACGGGGGAUGGUUAAGCCGAAAGAUUGUGAAGGACUUUACUGCAUAUGCAGAGGUAUGCUUCAAGGAAUUUGGUGACAGGGUGAUGUAUUGGACCACCAUUAACGAGGCCAAUAUAUUUGCGAUUGGAGGUUAUGAUAAUGGCAUCACCCCACCGGGACGUUGUUCCCCACCUUUUGGGUUUAAUUGUUCUAGAGGCAGUUCAUCUACUGAGCCUUAUAUUGUUGUUCAUAACAUGUUGCUUGCACAUUCAUCCGCAAUGAAAUUGUACAGGGGAAAUUACAAGUCCACCCAACAUGGUUUUGUGGGAUUUAGUAUAUAUGGUUUUUGGUGUGUUCCUUACACAAAUUCAGGGGAUGAUGUAAAUGCAGCACAAAGAGCUAAUGAAUUUUAUACUGGUUGGAUAAUGAAUCCUUUAAUAUUUGGAGACUAUCCCUCUGUAAUGAAGAAGGCUGCUGGGACAAGAAUUCCAACCUUCAGCAAAUAUGAGGCUAAGCUAGUUAAGGGCUCAGUUGAUUUCAUAGGCCUAAACCACUAUAGGACAGCAUCUGUUAAGGACAGGUCUUCCAGCAUUGAAAAGAAUACCAGGGACUUUGGUGCUGACAUAGAAGCAGAUAUCUCACUUGAGGCAUUGGCAGCAGAUCAGUAUCCAGUGAUACCUUCUGGUCUUUAUGAAUUUCUGGAGUACUUAAAAGAGGCUUUUGGCAACCCGCCGAUUUACAUUCAGGAAAAUGGUCAAAAGACUCGCGUAAUGGUACACUAAAUGACACAGCAAGAAUAGAAUAUUUGCAUGCCUACAUUGGGAGUGGUCUUGAUGCUGUAAGGUAAACCUCUUAUAACAAAGUUAUUGACUGUAGAUGCAGGCAGAGAGAGCUCUGAAUCAUAUCUUUGGUGUUAUCUUUGGAAGAGAUGGAAGGUCAAGUUUAUUUGCCUCUUGUAAAUUUGGCAAAACACUUUCAAAGAACUGAACAAAUCAGAAAGUUAAUACACUCUUGCAAGUUAAAAUGUUGAGACAACUAUCUUAAUCACGUUGGGCCAUCUUUUAGGAUUUAAAUUACAUAUAUUGCCCUGUAAAGA